GAAAGAGUCAUUAAAAUGGAAAUGAAUCCCACCAAAAUAUUAAAUUAUUAUAAAUAAAUGGUAUUGUUCUUCCUCUGCACCUUGACCAACGCAACUCGAUCCCUAGCCUCUUCACGUUGUUCUUUUAAGCUUGUUUUAACGGCUCGAAGUUCCCGGCCAGCUUGUUUUCAGCUUCUUUGACGGCUCCAACUUCGCGACUCGAACGCGACGAGGUCGUGAAGAAGGAUAUUGUUCGAUCACUUUUGCCGAAAUCAGGGAAUUUCUUCCUUUUCUGAACAACAGGUACUGGGUUGCAAACGGGUAGUACUUUGCUUGUAGCUACUGUGCCCUGUCUUGCUUCCUGUUGUAUCGGCUCCCAUUCGCACGCAGUACCAUGGGUACAACUAAUUCAAUGGAAAAAAACUUGGAUGAAGUUGUGAAGGUUCAUUAAAAUACUGGGUAUGUAGACAACACACCAACACAGAGACUGCUCCAGGUCAUUGUGUCUCUCUGGUCAUUGCUGAAUGGACACUAGAAAACUACUACCCCUUUUGAGAGCUUGUAUGAAUUCCAAGUCACUGAAGCAAGGCAAGCUCAUUCAUCAGAAAGUUGUAACUUUGGGCUUGCAAAAUGAUAUUUUCUUGUGCAAGACCUUGAUUAACCAGUAUCUUUCUUGCCAUUUGUAUGAUCAUGCAAAGUGUGUUUUUGAUAACAUGGAAAACCCAUGUGAGAUAUCCUUGUGGAAUGGCUUGAUGGCAGGUUACACUAAGAAUUACAUGUAUGUGGAAGCCCUAGAGCUUUUUGAGAAGUUGUUACACUACCCUUACCUAAAACCUGAUAGUUAUACUUACCCUAGUGUUUUUAAGGCUUGUGGGGGGCUGCAUAGAUAUGUUUUGGGAAAAAUGAUUCAUACAUGUUUGAUAAAAACUGGUUUAAUGAUGGACAUUGUUGUUGGAAGCUCUCUUGUCGGUAUGUAUGGAAAAUGCAAUGCAUUUGAGAAAGCCAUAUGGCUGUUCAAUGAAAUGCCUGAGAAGGAUGUGGCAUGCUGGAAUACAGUGAUUUCUUGUUAUUAUCAAAGUGGAAACUUCAAAGAUGCCCUAGAAUAUUUUGGCCUAAUGAGAAGAUUUGGAUUUGAGCCUAAUUCGGUUACAAUCACAACUGCUAUUUCAUCUUGUGCUAGACUUUUGGAUUUGAACAGGGGAAUGGAAAUCCAUGAGGAAUUGAUCAAUAGUGGUUUUCUGCUGGACAGUUUCAUUAGCUCUGCUCUUGUUGACAUGUAUGGAAAAUGUGGUCAUCUAGAAAUGGCCAUAGAGAUUUUUGAGCAGAUGCCUAAAAAGACUGUUGUUGCUUGGAAUUCCAUGAUUAGUGGAUAUGGUUUGAAAGGUGACAUCAUAUCAUGCAUUCAACUUUUUAAGAGGAUGUACAAUGAAGGAGUCAAGCCAACAUUGACUACCUUAAGUAGUUUAAUAAUGGUUUGUUCACGAUCAGCCCGACUACUAGAGGGGAAGUUUGUGCAUGGAUAUACAAUACGAAACAGAAUACAGCCUGAUGUUUUCGUUAAUAGUUCACUCAUGGAUCUAUACUUUAAAUGUGGAAAGGUAGAGUUAGCCGAAAAGAUCUUUAAAUUAAUACCAAAGUCCAAGGUAGUUUCUUGGAAUGUUAUGAUUUCUGGAUAUGUGGCUGAAGGGAAACUUUUUGAAGCCCUUGGCCUCUUUAGUGAAAUGAGAAAAUCGUAUGUUGAAUCUGAUGCUAUUACUUUUACCAGUGUUUUGACAGCUUGUUCUCAACUAGCAGCACUAGAAAAAGGUAAAGAGAUUCACAAUCUGAUUAUUGAGAAAAAAUUGGACAACAAUGAAGUGGUUAUGGGAGCUCUACUUGAUAUGUAUGCAAAGUGUGGUGCUGUAGAUGAAGCAUUCAGUGUUUUUAAAUGUUUGCCCAAAAGGGAUCUGGUGUCCUGGACUUCCAUGAUUACUGCUUAUGGGUCUCAUGGUCAUGCCUAUGGAGCUUUGGAGCUUUUUGCUGAAAUGCUGCAGUCCAACGUGAAACCUGAUAGGGUUGCUUUUCUUGCUAUACUAUCUGCUUGUGGCCAUGCUGGGUUGGUUGACGAAGGAUGCUAUUACUUCAAUCAAAUGAUCAAUGUUUAUGGCAUUAUACCUAGAGUUGAACAUUAUUCAUGCUUGAUUGAUCUUCUUGGACGUGCUGGAAGAUUGCAUGAAGCAUAUGAGAUUCUGCAACAAAACCCUGAAAUCAGGGAUGAUGUUGAGUUGUUAAGCACAUUAUUUUCUGCAUGUCGUCUGCACAGAAAUAUUGAUUUGGGAGCUGAAAUUGCAAGAACGCUUAUUGAUAAGGAUCCUGAUGAUUCAUCAACCUAUAUUCUCUUGUCAAAUAUGUAUGCUUCUGCACAUAAGUGGGAUGAAGUACGUGUGGUGAGAUCAAAGAUGAAAGAGCUUGGAUUAAAGAAGAAUCCAGGGUGUAGUUGGAUUGAGAUUAAUCAGAAGAUCCUCCCGUUCUUUGUAGAAGACAAUUCACACUUGCAUCUAGAACUUGUUUUUAAAUGCCUUUCAUAUCUCUCUGAUCACAUGGAAGAUGAGUCUAAAUCAUUUACAUAUCAUCUUGAUGUUGAAACAUUGAGAUUAUAUUAGUUUUCAAAUUUGCAAAGGAUGAUAUGAAAUGCCUUUCAUAUCUCUCUGUCUUUGUGACUGUACAGUGUGAACAAACUUGAAUGAAUAGUGUACAUUUUCUUCCAUGUAUUAUACAUGGUAGGUCCAUUGAGUUAGUAAUCCUAGAUGAAGUGUGCAAUCAAGCAAAGGAAAGUCAGAGUUCUUUUUGUGUUGAUAUGUUCUAUUUUUUGGUCCGUUUUGGAUUUUAGUAAAAAAUAAAUAAAUAAAGACCAGUUACUCACACCAAGGAUCUUAGUCUUCGGAUCCUCACCAUGUCCAGCUCACAAGCUUAUCCUCCUUUGCAAAUUUGAAAACUAAUAUAAUCUCAAGGUUGACAACACUACCUUGAUAGAGAAUCUUCCUCUUGUCUCAUGUUCUGCAGCAUCAGAUCAGGUUGAUGUGCCGAAGCAAUCUCAAAGAAAGAAGAGCCAGAGCCACCUCAACAUCAGAAUUUCAUUGUUAAUGAACCCAAAAGGGUUCAAAUUUCCCGGAUAUUGAAAAAAAUUUUAGCAUCAGAAGAUGAAGUGUACAAUUUUGAUGAAUUGUCUACUAGAGAUCGUGCUCUAGUGGAGAAGUUAUCCCAAAAAAUGGGGCUUAGUUGUACAUUUUCCGGGCGUGGGAUUAGAAAGAAAUCAUUUGUUCACAAAACCAAAAAGGAGGUUGACACCACUAGGAUGUUGGGUAGUCUUCCUCAUGUCACAUUUCCUGAAGAGUCAAAUCAGUGAAAAUGCAGAAUAAAAAGGAGAUGGAGCAUCCCCAGCAUCAAAACCCAUUGUUGAUGAAUCAACAAGGAUAGAGAUUUCCCAGACAUAAGAAAUUUUUUUAGCAUCAAAGGAUGAAGAUUGUAUUUGCUAUACACAUUCACAGAAUAUUAAUUUUGUUUGCGGUGUACAAUUUUGAAGCUAACUGAAGAAUGUGUUGCAGUGCAUCAAUUAUCCCAGAAAAUGGGGUUUAGAAUCGAAAAUUCGGGGAGUGGUAUUAAACAGAAAGUAUCUGUUCACAAAAUUGAAAAGAAAAUUCACACCACUACCAAGUUGGAGAAUCUUCCUUGUUUCACAUUUUCUAAAGAGUCAAAUCAGGUGUUAGGAGGUUUAUUAAUGCGUUAUCUAUCUGGUGAUGAAGUACUUUGGGGAGAGAUGAUUGGAGCAUAUAGUGACCCUACCAACAGAACAAAACAAAAGGCUUGCUUGAAUAGUCAUUCUGUAAAUUCGAAGUUGUCACCACAGAAAACUUUUGAUUGCUCUUUAGUUGUAUAUGAUGAGAAUGAGAUUACUAUCAACGACUGCAGCAUGUGGAUAAGGAACUGUACUGUUGUUGGACUACUUCCAUUAUUCUUGCUUUCCAAAGAGAUCGCUGUUGCUCUAGCAAAGGAUUGUACAGAGGGACACAAGACUAUGUCUUCUGAUAAUGUAGUUAGAGUAAUCAUAUAGAUCAGUGGCUUUAUUUUGAGUCAACAGCACUUGAUGCUUCUGAGAUGAACUACUUGAGAGAGCGAUUAUCAUAUCAGCAGCAAUUUUAUAGAAAAGUGACACAUUCAACCGAUGUUCUUCCUCAUAUUCUACUGUCUGCUGUGGAUGCCUUAGCUUGCAUUCUGUCCCGUCAUGGCUUUCUGGCAUACCACAGACCUCAGAUUGUGCUAACACACUGACUACUAUAAAUGCUACAAAUCCAAAAGAAUUCCAAACACAGCUUAUAAAUCAAGAUGCACACCAGAUCAAUCCUUCUGAAGUUAAGGCAUCUGAACCUGAGGCCAUCGAAAAUCCAAGUAACUAAACUAUUCAAAGCUUGCUCAACCCCAACAAUGCAUACAGAUAAGACUCCUGAUUCCUGAAGGAUUUUGUACUGGGCACGGUAGCUACAAGCAAAGUACUACCCGCAAUUUGCAUUGCAAUAAAGGACAGAGGCAGGAUCAAGCAGCGCAGCAACAAAAGUGAGCAGAAAUAAUAACACGAAGAACAAGACAAAAGCAAAGGAAAAAGAAUUACAAUUUUUAACGGCUGUAGUGUUUUUUAAGUUUAAAUAAAACUAUAGCACUAGCAGUGGACCUUUUGAGACCCCGUUCACACUUCACAGAAACGCUCUUAUCCUGUUUUUCUGUCUGUCACAACAUGACCCCUCUUCAACUUCUCUGUUACUUUUUUCCAAUAUCUCUUUCUCUUCCCACAUCACAAACAACUAACUCAUUGAAUAAUAUCUACCUUGAUAUCCCUAAACUUUCUCUGACA